AUGGACUUAGCAGGGCGACCAGUUGUUCAACAAAUUAGUAUCGGGGGAAUUUCGGGCUGGUAUGUAGAUUGCAGCUGAACGUCGAUACUUGAUUGCGUUUCAUGUGAUUCUUUAGAUUCUCAUGGACAAAUUGUUUCAUGUAAAGAAUACUGAGCGUGACUGACUUAAUGGCCUCAUUCUAAAAUGAUUUCUCAGAAAAAGAGGCACAUUUACUCAUUAUGUCGAAUUAAGAUAGCACCUCCAUUCCCUGUAUUGGAAAACUGAUGUAGUAAUAAGCUUAAUCAGCAUCGUAGAAAGAAGGGUUUGAGUACAGUAACAAGAGAGAACAUUUCAUUAUUGUGCUUUGUAAUUUCCUUUAUUUGUGUUCUUUGUUAAGCUCCUGAUUAAGGAAGACUCUAAUAUGUGAAUAGAAGCUUUUGAAUUGUUACGUUUAAGAGCUGGUCAUUGGCUCAAAGAGUGAUUGCAUUGCUGUCAUUGCAGGUUUGCUGGGUAUGUGUGUAAAAGAGUUGGUAAACUAACCCUAUCUGCCAUUGGAGGAGGAAUACUUCUAAUACAGGUUUGCAAACUACUUUCAUUGACAGAAUUUGGAGAGCUGGUUUACUAACUUUUAGCACAUGCACUUUCCUGAACAAAUUUCAGCAACUUAAAACAUAGAAACAGCUUAGACGAAACACUGACAAAACAGCCAAAUACAACAGAAUGUCCUUACUUCACCAAAGAAUCAAAAGUGAUCUGUCAUAACUGACUCACACUUUUAGAGUCAUACAGCCAAUUGUAUUAUAACUAAAACACUACAAGCAGGCUGCUUGGUCCAAGACCUAUCAUUGAUUUCACUGGUAAACCCACAGUUAUUUUAUAAAAGCAAUGGACUGCACUUUAUAUCAGUCUACCAGCAUAUCAACUCAAUUUGGAUCUUGGUAAAACACUAAAAAAGAUUUUUGAACUACUUAUCCACAGAUUGUGAUUUACAGACUUUUCUCAUGUUCUCAAACAUCCUGUGUAAGCCAUUACACCAGUAAACAGAAUCUGAGGUCUAUUGCUUAAUAAAACCUCAGAAGAACUGACCAAUCAGUUUUCAGGAACCAGAUUUAUAAAAUAUCCCUAACAACUCAUCACUUGACUCUGGAAAUAAUUUCUAUUUUGGUUGUCAAAACUCAGUCAAAACUCCUCUUUAUAGCAACUCUGCUGGAAUGAUCAAACUUCACAAUCAAUUUAUUAUCUUAACUCUUUAACUCUCAGAUCAAAUUUGUAAUUCUCCUUGCUGUCAAUCAUACAAUUCUUACAUUUGUUAGUUCAGAGAAUUUAGUAUUGGAUCUACUAAUUAUCCCCAAAUUGAUAUUUUGAUGGUAAGGGGAAAUUCUCUCUUGGUCACUUAUAGGAGUUAAAGGGUUAAGUGUAAUCACACAAUAUUCACCAGCAGUUCAGCUAUGAUAAAAAUUAACUUUUUCUUUUUGCCUUCUCAGGUUGCUCACAGAACUGGUUACAUCAACAUUAACUGGAAGAGAAUGGAAAAGGAUGUAGAUAAAAUUACUACAAAGGUUAAAAAGGAAGUAAAAAAGAUGAAACAAAAUGAGGAAGAAAUUGAAAAGGGAGUUAUUGCUCUCGCAAACAGGGUAUGAAACAAAUCCUAAAGUUGAAAUUUUAUUUAUUUGGAACUUAAUUUUUUAUGGUUGGUGUUUUCAAUUUUUUUCUGCAUUUGACAAUUAGAUCAAUUCUCUAUAGCCCUUUGGUGAACUCUACCUAAUAAUAUGACAGCAAAACUGUUUAAAAAUUUGUGAUAGUCUUAUGAAUGCAUCAGUAUUCAAAGGGAAGGUUAAGAGAGGUGAUAAAAAUAUUGGAUGAGCCUUAACCCUUUAACUCCCAUGAGUGACGAAGCCAGAAUUUCUCCUUACAAUAUCAAUACAAUAUCAGUCAGAUAAGUGCUUAAAUUCUUAAACAAAUGGUUCUCAUUAUUCAAACUAUUUUUCUUUUCAGGGCUACAGAUAUGUAAAACGGAAUACAGCUGCAGCAACAGGCUUUGCUGGUGGUUUUCUCCUUGGCUUGACUUUAUAAUUAGUGGUACUCAAAACAAAGGCUUGUGUUAAACAUGAAAUUAUUCUCUACAGCUUGAACGUCAAACUAGUAUAUCACUGUCCUUAGUCAUUGUGCAUGAACAGUGCAUAAAUUAACUGAAACAGUAUUUUGGUUGAAGUAACUUAAAAAUAAUUUUUUAAAAUAUUAUUAAUGACUUUUUCAUAAAUUCUUGAAAACUCUUGUCCAACUUCAGGUAAAAACUGUUAACCCUUUCACCCCUGAGAGUGAUAAGCAUCUAAUGUCUUCUACCAGUAUCACCCCUAAAUCAAACAUUAAGGUCAUGAGAAUAAAGGAAAUGAUCGCAAGGUCAAGAAGCUAUUGAUUAUUAAGCAAAUUCUCCUUGUCAGGACAGUGGAAAACAUAUAGAGAACAGUGUGGAGACCUUGAGAACUGACAUUUAGUGAAAUGGGUUAAGGAACAGUAAAGGAUUUUUAAGUACACAGCAUAAAAUAUGACCUGUGUAUGUAGAAAUUUUAUUUUAUUAUGAUAUCACAAACUGCUUAAAUUAUUCAAUAAAGUUACUGUCUUCAAGUCAGCUGCAAUGUGCAUAAACAGACUUCAAAAACUUCUGUAAGUCAACCCUUAUCUGCUGAUUUUUUUGAAUGACUGACAGUGCAGAGAUCAACUUAUUUCAACCUAUGUAGGAGUCUCACUUGCUCACUCUUGCUCUUUAGGUGAAGUCCUUUGCUACCUCUCUUUGUUCAUUACCUUUUGCUGCUCAAGUUCCUGUCUGAAGCCUAAGUACAGUUCAGUGUUUAUGGCUGAAAUCUUUUGGCAGCAUUUCUUCAUGUUGUUAAUCACAUGUUGGCACCUGCCCUCUUGAUAAUUAAAUUCUUGGUG